UUAAACCUGAAAAAGUUCAAUGUAAUUUAGUUCAAAUAAAUAAUCAAUUGCAAAAAUUUUGGGAGUUAGAAGAAUUGACUGACUUACCAAAUAUCAUGUCGAAUGAUGAUCGUUAUUGUGAGAAGUUAUUUACAGAGACUACUAAACGUGACGAGUUUGGUAGAUUUUUCGUUCGUAUUCCUUUAAAGGAGUCACCCGAAUUGUUAGGGGACUCGUACACUAUGGCAAAAAAUCGUUUUUUAUGCCUGGAAAGAAAGUUAGAUCGUUUACCUAACUAUAAAAAGCUUUAUUUUGAAUUUAUGCGGGAAUAUGAGGCACUCGGUCAUAUGACUCCAGUUGCAUCAAAGGAUAUCCCGGAUAUACUAAGUAAACCGCAUUAUAUCUUGCCUCAUCAUGGUGUUUACCGAGAGGAUAGUGUCACUACUAAAUUGCGUGUUGUGUUCGACGCGAGCGCGAAUACGUCUAAUAAUAAAUCAUUAAAUAAUAUACAACAUGUAGGUCCACCGUUACAAAAUGAUAUUUUGUCUAUAUUACUUAGAUUUAGGCAGUAUAAAUAUGUAGUGUGUAGCGACAUCCAGAAGAUGUACAGACAGAUAUUUGUUGAACAGGAUCAACGUGUCCUGCAAUUAAUAUUAUGGCGGGAAGGUCGAGAUUUACCUUUGCAAUUGUAUAAGUUGAACACAGUUACGUAUGGUACUGCGUCGGCUCCUUUUCUAAGUAUGCGUUGCUUACAACAAUUGGCUUUAGAAUGUGAUGAUGAUUUAGUAGCCAGGACUAUUAAGGAUAAUUUUUACGUAGAUGACCUUUUUACAGGAUCCGACGACCUUGACUCGUUAUUACAGUUGUGUAAUAAAAUAUCUGCAACUUUAAAAAAGGGUUGUUUCCCGUUACAUAAAUGGACUUUUAGUCAUGACGUUUCUGCUGAUAAGUGUAAAGACCUAAAUGUCGGUGAACAUCGCUUGUCAAAAACGUUAGGGUUAGGUUGGUGUACAAAAAAUGAUGAAUUUUAUUUUACAACUAAAAUCUCACAUAAUGAUACAGUAGUUACAAAGCGUUUAAUAUUAUCGACAAUUUCACAAGUAUAUGAUCCUUUAGGUUUACUCGCACCUGCGGUAAUAACAGCUAAAUUAUUGUUACAAAAGCUAUGGUUACAUAAACUAGAUUGGGAUGACGAAGUUCCUAAAAAUAUUACGAAUGCAUGGCAAGGCUUUCUUUCAGAUUUAAAAUAUUUACGCGAUAUUAAAAUACCUCGUUACGUGGUUCGCGGUAAUUAUAUAGAACUUCAUAUUUUUACCGAUGCGUCGCAAAGUGCCUACGGUGCGUGCGCGUACGUUAGAUCGUGCCACAAUGAUUGUGAAACUACUGUACCUAUUUCUGUGCAUUUGUUGUGCGCUAAAAGUAAGUUGGCGCCGAUAAAGACUGUUAGUAUUCCCAGGUUAGAGCUAUGCGGAGCUUUAAUAGGUGCGAAAUUGUAUUGUAAAAUAAAAAAGUCUUUAUGUUUAAAUUUUAAUAAGGUUUAUUUUUGGACUGACUCAACAAUCGUGCUGGGGUGGCUUCGUAUGUCACCUCAUCUACUAAAAACGUUUGUACAAAAUAGAGUCGUCGAAAUUAAUGAAUUGACCGGUGAUACCAUCUGGCGGCAUGUUAAGGGCACGGAAAAUUCAGCUGAUAUCAUAACGAGAGGUUCUACAUUAGACACAUUAAAGUAUGAUAAUAAUAAUAACUGGUGGUGUGGCUCUACGUUUUUACGAGAACCUGUGGCUAAGUGGCCAAUUUUUAAUACUAAUAUUGAAUCGUUAUCUAUUGAUUUACCCGAAACUAAGCCUGAUACAAUUAAUUUACAUUCCAUUCAAAUUACUUCAUUGAUUGAUUUUGAACGAUUUUCGUCAUUUAUUCGUUUGCAAAGAAGUUGUGCAUAUUUAUUGCGUUUUAUAAAUAACGCGCGAGUAAAUACGCGCGGCAGUAUAGGUUCGCGUUUAACCGGUCCGUUAUCAGUAGACGAGCUGCAGCGGUCGCUCGAUGCAUUGACGCGGCUCGUUCAACAAGAAUGUUUUAGUGAGCAAUAUCAUUCUGACGAUUUCCUCCCACUCACUCCAGCACACUUCCUGAUCGGUCGACCGCUGACUGCGCCUGCCUGCGAGAACCUCACGACGAUCGAGCCUACGAGACUGGGACGCUACGAACGUGUGGAGCAAAUUAGACAACACUUUUGGCAACGAUGGUCUAAAGAAUAUGUUUCAGAGCUCCAGCAACGAACAAAAUGGAAGGACAACAAUGAGGACAUCACACCUAAUAUCUUGGUCCUUAUCAAAGAGGAUAAUACUCCACCACUCAACUGGAAAUUGGGACGAGUAACAGAAGUAUUCCCCGGGACUGAUGGAGUAUCCCGUGUAGCUGAAAUACGUACAGCGCACGGUAUUAUACGACGGUCUUUCUCGAAGAUCUGCCCGCUGCCUGUACAACUGUGAAGACGAAUAUGUUGGAAGAUCCUGGUUCUUCCAAGGCGGCCGGUAUGUUCAAUAAUAUAUCAUCCGAUGGUCGAUAACGCCAUCUAGCGAAAGAGUGGCGUAACGGAAGCAGUGACGUGAACCCCGCGCAGUUUGCAGCAGCGUGACGUCGACACCCGCAUCGCCGCGCCGCAUCUGGGGCAACUUCACUCCCUUUCACCGCUGAACGCGUAAUGGUUGCUAAUAUAACUGUCCUCACG